GUGGCGGCGGCGCGGGAGUGGCGAGGCUGGUUCGGGCCGGGACGGGCCGGACCCGGCCGGGCCGCGCUGCUCUUCUCUCUUCGACGGUUUAAGGAAAGGAAACUGAUAACAUACUGAAAAUGUUUAACAAAUCCUUCGGAACUCCUUUUGGAGGUAACACUGGCUUUGGAACAACAUCAACUUUUGGACAAAAUGCUGGCUUUGGUACCACAGGUGGAGGAGCGUUUGGCACGUCAGCCUUUGGGGCAAACAGCAACACUGGAGGCCUCUUUGGGAACACCCAGGCAAAGCCAGGAGGGCUCUUCAGUUCCAACGCCUUUAAUCAGCCCGCCACCUCCUCCACCAGCACUGGCUUUGGCUUUGGAACAUCCACGGGGACAUCCAGCAGCCUGUUUGGUACCACCAGCACUGGUGGGGGCCUCUUCUCAUCCCAGAGCAAUGCCUUCGCACAGAACAAACCUGCUGGCUUUGGAAACUUUGGCACAAGUACCAGCAGCGGGGGUCUCUUUGGAACCACCAACACCACUUCCAAUCCUUUUGGGAAUCCAUCUGGCUCUCUGUUUGGCCCAACCAGUUUUACUGCUGCUCCGACUGGCACAACCAUUAAAUUCAAUCCCCCAACUGGUACGGAUAGCAUGGUCAAGUCUGGAGUUAGCACCACUAUCAAUACUAAGCACCAAUGCAUCACUGCUAUGAAGGAGUAUGAGAGCAAAUCUCUCGAGGAGCUGCGUUUAGAAGACUACAUGGCCAAUAGGAAGGGGCCCUCGAAUCCUGUGGGAGCAGGAGCCACUACAGGCUUGUUUGGGACUUCCACUGCUACUUCCAGCACAGCUACGGGACUUUUUGGCUCUUCUACCACUAAUACAGGCUUCUCCUAUGGACAGAAUAAAACUGCUUUUGGAACUACUACGACUGGCUUUGGAACAGGAACAACAGGAGGGCUUUUUGGUCAGCAGACUCAAACAACAAGUCUGUUUAACAAACCAUUUGGUCAGGCCACGACGACGCAGAACACAGGCUUUCCCUUUGGGAAUACCAGCACUCUUGGACAGCCAAACACGAGCACGAUGGGUAUCUUUGGGGCCACGCAGCCCUCGCAGCCCGGAGGCCUUUUUGGAACAGCUGCCACUACCAAUGCUGGCACUGCGUUUGGGACCGGAACCGGGCUUUUUGGACAGGCAAACACAGGAUUUGGUGUUGGCGGUUCGACCCUGUUUGGUAGCAAACCUGCUGGAUUUGGAACCACCACGACCAGUACCUCAUUUGGUACAACCACUGGCGGCGGGCUCUUUGGUAACAAACCAACCCUGAGUUUAGGAACCAAUACAAACACUUCCAAUUUUGGUUUUGGUGCCAACAAUGCUGGAAAUAGCUUGUUUGGGAAUAAGCCUGCAACGGGGACUCUGGGAACCGGGCUUGGGACAGGGUUUGGAACAGCCCUCGGGGCAGGACAGACUUCGUUAUUUGGGAACACCCAGCCUAAACUCGGUGGGACGCUGGGAACAGGAGCUUUUGGAGCACCAGGGUUCAAUACCUCCACUGCUACUCUGGGCUUUGGAGCCCCUCAGCCUGCUGUAGCACUGACAGAUCCUAAUGCAUCGGCUGCCCAGCAGGCAGUCCUGCAGCAGCACCUCAAUAAUUUGACUUAUUCACCCUUUGGAGAUUCUCCGCUUUUCAGAAACCCCAUGUCAGACCCAAAGAAGAAAGAAGAGGUGAGUGUGUUAAACUCAGUUUCCUGGGAGAGGGUUGAAAUGAUUUCAGUUGCUACGCUGUCCUGUCUUCACUCAGGUAUGCAGUGAGCAGCAUAAGGACUU